GACUUGACCUCACUCCUUCGCUAUCAGUCGCUUGUAGCAGUUGACGGCAACAGCGCUAAAGCUAAUUCUCCCAUACCGUUAACGUUUCGUCGCUGGUGCAGUAACUUGCUUGUUUCUUGUUUCGCCAUUCCCGAAACUUACUAAUUUUCAGCCACAUAUUUCUGUUGCCCACAGGCAGAAGAAACUUACAAACUUCGCAUGUCCUUCCAAAACUUGAAAACUUUCGAUCCCUUCGCCGACGCCGAUAAGGGUCCGGGAGAAGCAGUACAGGAUGGUCUAGUUCACAUCCGUAUUCAGCAGCGUAAUGGUCGUAAAACCUUGACUACUAUUCAAGGACUUUCUGCUGAGUAUGAUUUAAAGAAAAUUGUUCGUCAUUGCAAAAAGGAAUUUGCUUGCAACGGAACUGUAGUUGAACACCCAGAGUAUGGUGAGGUUCUCCAACUACAGGGAGAUCAACGAGAAAACAUCUGUCAAUGGUUGACAAAGACUGGGUUGGCCAAGCCAGAACAGCUCAAAGUUCACGGUUUUUAAAAGUGUUGAGUGG